AUGGCAACAAUACAAAUAUUCAAUGAUUUUCAUUGCGCUGGAUCUAUAAUAAAGUCCGAUCUUAUUAUAACAGCGUCUUCGUGUUUGCAACUCGCUUGGAACAAUCGUCUAUUUCGCGAAAACCCAGCGUUCCUUUCAGUUCGUGUUGGUAGUAGUUUUUACAGCGGAGGUGGAGAAGUUAUCGCUGUCAUUGAGGUUUACUUCCACCCUGGAUACAACCCUAAGACUUUAAAGAACAAUAUUUGCCUACUCCGCCUUGCAAGACAAAUAAAAUUCAGACGAAAAGCGAGAAAGGUCAAGAAAAUAGAUUUCGACAGACACGAUUCGAAUCUUCCUUACAAUACUCCAGGAAUUACAGUCGUCGGUUGGGGUGCAAAAGAGCAUAGCCCAGUUGUUGGCAAUCCUUGGAAAAAUAUAAUAUCCUAUGCUGUACUCGAUGUUUAUCCGCUAAGAGACUGUCAGGAUAUUUAUUCAAGAGAAUACGUGACCAUGAAAAAUUUCUGUGCCGGUUUUUUAUCAAGGGGUGGAGGAGCCUGCAAUCGUGACGUUGGGGGACCUGGUAUAGUAGACGGAAAACUGAUGGGUGUGAUAAGCUUUGGGUCUCCUGUUUGUGGUAUGCCCGAUAGCCCAACAGUUUUUACUAAGCUUGGCUAUUAUACUGACUGGAUUGAAGAAAUUAUAGAGCAGGAUGUUCCGGUUUCAAAGAAGAGAACAACUCUUAAACCAACCUUUAAUUACGAAUUUAUAACACAAACACAACCAAAACUUACUACAUUUAAAAUAGCGCCGAUAACUGAUAAAACAAUGACUCCAAUACCCAUUAAUCAAAUCGACAGUCUCCGAGUAAUCGAUGAGAAGGUCUUUAAAGAGUUUCUAGAAACUAUGUUCAAUAGUAAAGAAGUAAAGGAUUACAGAGACAUUAUUAAAGACGAUGACGCUUUAACUGUUAACAAAAAUGAUAAAAAUUAUCGUAAUGAAGAGAAUUUAGAUGAAACUGAUUCUGUCACAGAGGCACAAUAUAUUGAAGGUCCACAUACACAGAUACUGGAUGUAUCAGAUAAUGAAAAUGGUAGAAGCAGUUUAAAUGCGGCAUACACUGUAUUGGAUAAAGAUAAUAACCCAUAUACUGACGAGUUUGAGAAGAAAAUGUCUAAAAUAAUAAAUAACGUAGAUUUAGAGAGAAUAAUUAAAGAAGAAGUCGAAUAUUCGUCACACGCAGUAAAUGAUAAGAAAAAAUAUGUUUCGAAAAUAAAUGGACAAAAUGAAAGCAUUAACGAAUAUUUGUCGGAAAAUGAAAAUUACUUUCAAAUGAGUAAUGAAGAGAAAGCGAAAGAUAAAGACAAUGAAGGUUUGAAUAUUCCAGAUGAUAUUUUUGAAGAUUUGACUAGAGCUAAGGAGAAUGAAACGGGUGUUUUGCCUGAAAGCGUUCUAUAUCAAUUAUUGUCUGAAGUUAUUAGAGAUGAAGUUGAAAAUAUAAAUAUUAAUACUUGUGUUGUUUUUUUCUCUUUUGUGAAUCUAAAAUAUGUAAGUUUAAAAAGUAAACCUUUUAAUUUUAAAGUAACAUUAAUGGUUAUUAUAAUUUUAUUAAAGGGUCUCAAUAAUGAACACAACAAGAAUAAUCCAAUUUGA